CGGACAUUAUUUUAAUACGUACCGGAAAUAGCCAAUGUGACAUUUGUAAACGAAGGCAUGGGUAUCAGAGGUUGUUUAUAUUUUGUUUAAUUUGUGUGAAGAUUUCUGACCACAAUGGCUGGAUGGACCUGUCGCUUUCUUCUUCAGAGAGGAGCUCGACUUCUUUCUCCCAGAACUGAAAGUUCCUUGUUUAUAGCUUGUAGACGGACAGUAAAAACUACAACAUGGUUUGAAGAGCACCUCACAGAGGAUAAUCAAGAAUAUAUGAGAAAGAUUGUUGGAGAAGAUUAUAGAAAACUGACCGCUGAAAGGCUCAAUCCUCUCAAAGAUGAACCUUGGCCUCGACAUGAGUGGACAGAAGGAAGCAGAAGAGUUGGUCUUAUUGCUGUGAAGUUGGGCAUGAUUCCUGUUUGGACAAAAACAGGAGAAAGACAUGUGGCCACAAUGUUACAGGUCCAAGACUGUCAUGUAUUAAAGUACCUCACCAAAGACGAAUAUGACGGACGCACAGCUGCCUUGUUGGUUGGUGGAAAAAAUGUAUCACCCUUCCAUAGGUCGGAGUCGGAAAUGGAGAUGUUUAGGAAUGCAGGAGUGCCGCCAAAACAAAAAGUCAGCACCUUUAAAGUCUCUGAUAAUGCCAUCAUCAAGCCAGGCACCCCUCUGUAUGCAGCACACUUUCGUCCAGGCCAAUAUGUGGAUGUUACAGCAAAAACGAUUGGCAAAGGUUUUCAAGGUGUGAUGAAAAGAUGGGGGUUCAAAGGCCAGCCUGCGACCCACGGACAAACCAAGACUCACCGAAGGCCGGGAGCAUCAGGACCAGGAGGGGAUCCAGCCAGAGUUUGGAAAGGGAAAAAGAUGCCUGGGAAGAUGGGCAACAUCAUUAGAACAGCCCACGGGCUGAAGAUAUGGAGGGUCAAUACCAAGUAUAAUGUGCUUUAUGUAAACGGCUCCGUCCCUGGACACAGAAAUUGCUUAGUGAAGAUACGGGACACGACUUUACCACUCCGCAGUGCCAGUAUUCUGAACCCACCAUUCCCCACAUACUUCACAGAGGAGGAAGAGGAUCUCGCCGAAGACCUGUAUGAUGAAAGCUUGUUCGUUCACACAGAGCCAUCGUUAGCGCUCACAUAGCCACACACACACACUGGCCAUCUGUUUUAUAGCUCCAAGUGUCUCUGUCUCAUGUAAUUAAAGUAGUAAAGUAA